AUGUGCAAAGGCGCUGCUGAGGAAAAGAAUGAGAAGUAUGUGAAGAACUUAAAGGAAGCCACUAACGCUGGAAUGCGGGGAAGGGAGAGAGGAGCAGAGGAUGCCUGCCAGGUUUCUUCUGAAUUCAACAAAAGUAAUACUUUCUACCUCUUCAACCAUGUCGAUAUUACCAUUACAUAUCACGGGGAAAGUGAAACAAAUUGGGGUAUUGUAAGAUUGGUUACUGCUAGACUUGAUCCCAAAAGCUAUAAACAUUCAGAUGAAAACCACCUAACUUGUAAUGGACCCCCUAUGGAAAUUCCUGGAGAAUAUACAGAUAAGUUGAAUGUAACCUACACUUACUCUGUGAAAUUUGAAGAAAACAAACAUAUCAAGUGGGGUUCUAGAUGGGAUUAUAUUUUGGAGUGCAUGUCUCAUACCAGCAUUCAGUGGUUUAGUAUUAUGAAUUCCAUUGUUAUUGCUGUCUUCUUAUCUGGAAUGGUGGCUAUGAUCAUAUUAAGGACUCUCCAUAAAGAUACUAUCAGAUAUAAUCAGAUGAGUUUUCCCGUAAAUGGCCAGAAGGAGUUUGGUUGGAAGCUGGUUCAUGGGGAUGUAUUCAGACCUCCAAGGAGUGGAAUGUUGCUGUCAGUUUUCCUGGGUCAAGGAACACAAGUUUUGAUUAUGACAUUUAUUACUUUAUUUCUGGCCUGUCUUGGUUUCCUUUCCCCUGCCAAUCGAGGUGCUUUAAUGACCAGUGCUAUUCUGUUAUGGGUCCUUCUGGGAACCUCUGCUGGAUACGUAUCUGCUAAGAUGUAUAUGACAUUUAGAGGUAUUAAGUGGAAGACAAAUUUUUUGCUGACGGCACUACUGUGUCCUGGUAUCGUCUUUGCUGACCUCUUCAUCAUGAAUCUAAUUCUUUGGGUGGAAGGGUCAUCAGCUGCCAUCUCCUUUGGUACCCUGAUGGGUAUCCUCACAAUGUCGUUUGGAAUUUCAGUACCACUAACAUUUUUGGGUGCAUACAUUGGAAGCAAGAAAAAGCAGUUUAGGUAUCCAGUUUGCACAAACCAGGUUCCCCGUCAGAUUCCUCAACAGACUUUCAUUAGAAAACCACUUUUUGGCCUCAUCAUCAGUGACAUUUUACCUUUUGGCUGUAUUUUUAUUCAACUCUUUUGCAUUCUAAACAGUAUUUGGUCUCAUCAGAUGUACUUCAUGUUUGGCUUCCUUUUCUUACUCUUUAUAAUUCUCCUGAUUACUUGUUCAGAAGCUGCCGUUUUGCUGUGUUAUUUUCAUUUGUGUACUGAGGAUUAUCAUUGGUGGUGGAGAGGCUUUUUUACCAGCAGUUUUACAGCUGUUUACCUUUUUUUAUAUGCAGUUUAUUACUUCUUUACCAAACUUCAAAUCACGGGCAUUGCAAACACCAUUUUGUACUUUGGGUACACGAUGAUCAUGGUCUUGAUUUUCUUCCUUUUCACAGCAUGA